UGGGCUACCGGGAGCUGGGGCCGCGCUCGCACAAGACGCAGGGCGUCGUCUGGCGCAGACCCACGAGCCGUGAGUCUACUGCCGAGCAGUUUAUUCCCGAAGCAGCCCUGCCAGCCAUGGGAGCCGUGGGGUCAGGUGGACUCCGGGGUGCCUCCAGGCGCUUCUGGAAGACCUUGGCGUAGUCAGUGGUGGGGAGGUAAUGGCAGAGCGGUGUGUGCACGUGUGUGAAAAUGCAGUGCACCUCUUGACACGUCCUGUGAGGUGAGAUGGCUGCACACGAGCUUUGGUCACCAGCUCCCGUUCUCACUGUGCUUGGUGUGUCUGGUGCCCGCACCCGUUCCUGCCCUGCUCCAUCUCUGCGGUGUCCAUCUGCUGUGGUCAAUGGUUUGGUUAAUUUGCUGCAAGUGGGGCCUUGUUCCUUGCCUUGGCUGCAGCUACGUGUAAUGAAAGGCUUGUUUUGUUCCCAGGAGCUGUGUUCCAACCCCCAGUUCAUAGCCGGCGGAGCCACCCGCACGGACAUCUGCCAAGGGGCCUUAGGGGACUGUUGGCUCUUGGCUGCCAUUGCUUCUCUCACCCUGAAUGAAGAAAUUCUGGCCCGUGUUGUUCCCAAAGACCAGAGCUUCCAGGAUAAAUAUGCAGGAAUUUUCCACUUCCAGUUCUGGCAGUACGGGGAGUGGGUGGACGUGGUGGUGGACGACAGGCUGCCCACCAAGAACGGGGAGCUGCUCUUCGUGCACUCGGCGGAGGGCAGCGAGUUCUGGAGCGCGCUGCUGGAGAAGGCCUACGCCAAGCUGAACGGAUCAUAUGAGUCCCUCUCUGGUGGUGCCACCACCGAAGGCUUCGAGGACUUCACUGGUGGCAUUGCAGAAUGGUUUGAGCUGCAGAAGCCACCCCCCAACCUCUUCAAAAUCAUUCAGAAGGCACUCCAGAAGGGCUCUCUCCUUGGCUGCUCCAUUGAUAUCACCAGUGCAGCAGAAACAGAGGCAGUCACCUCCCAGAAGCUGGUGAAGGGACACGCGUACUCGGUCACCGGGGCAGAGGAGGUGAACUUCCGAGGAACAGUGCAGAAGCUGAUCAGAAUCCGAAAUCCCUGGGGGGAAGUGGAGUGGACUGGGAAAUGGAAUGACAACUGCCCAAACUGGAGUGGUGUUGACCCUGAGGUGCGGGAGCGGCUGACCAGGAGACACGAAGAUGGGGAAUUUUGGAUGGCGUUCAACGACUUCCUGAGGCAUUACUCCCGCCUGGAGAUCUGCAACCUGACUCCAGACACCCUGGCAAGUGACAGGUACAAAAAGUGGAGCCUGCUGAAGCUGGAUGGAAACUGGAGGCGAGGAGCCACUGCAGGGGGCUGCAGGAACUACCCAAACACUUUCUGGACGAAUCCACAGUAUUUAAUCAAGCUGGAGGAAGAGGACGAGGACCCUGAUGAUCCUGAGGGGGGCUGCACUUUCCUCAUUGGGCUGAUCCAGAAGCACCGUCGGAAGCAGCGCAAGAUGGGGGAGGACAUGCACACCAUUGGCUUUGCCAUUUAUGAGGUGCCCCCAGAGUUUUCUGGACAGACAAAUAUUCAUCUGAGCAAAAACUUCUUCCUGACCAACAAAGCCCGGGAAAAAUCCAACACCUUCAUCAACCUCCGGGAGGUGCUGAACCGGUUCAAGCUCCCUGCAGGAGAAUACAUCAUCGUGCCCUCCACCUUCGAACCCAACAAGAACGGGGACUUCUGCCUCAGAGUCUUCUCUGAAAAAAAUGCAAACUCCACGGUGAUAGAUGAUGAAAUUGAAGGCAAUUAUGAUGAGACUGAGAUCAGUGAAGAUGACAUCGAACCCAGCUUUAAAAAGCUUUUUGGGCAGCUAGCAGGAAAUGACGCAGAGAUCUCCGCCUUCGAACUGCGCAGCAUCUUGAAUAAAAUCCUGGCUAGACGCCAAGAUAUUAAAUCUGAUGGCUUUAGUAUUGAGACAUGCAAAAUAAUGGUUGACCUGUUAGAUAAUGAUGGGAGUGGCAAACUGGGGCUGAAGGAGUUCCACACCCUCUGGACAAAGAUUCAGAAGUACCAGAAAAUUUACAGGGAAAUUGAUGUGGAUCGAUCGGGUACCAUGAACUCGUAUGAGAUGAGGAGGGCACUGGAAACAGCAGGGUUCAAACUGAACUGCCAGCUACACCAGGUCAUCGUGGCUCGUUUUGCUGAUGAGGACCUCGUCAUUGACUUUGAUAACUUCGUGCGGUGUUUGAUUCGGCUCGAAACCCUGUUCAAAAUGUUUAGAAAACUGGAUACUGAGAAAAGUGGGACAAUAGAAUUGAACCUUGUUAAUUGGCUGUGUUUUACUGUCAUUUGAGCCACUGGCAUCAGCUUGAGACCUCAACAAGAGCAUGAUCAGGUGAAGAUAAUCAAGCUACAUAGAAGUAAUAUCGUAACAUGAAUGUGCCUUAACUUACACAUAGCAGAUUUUGCAAGCAACUGCAAGAAGAAAAGCAUUCUACUUCAACAGAAGAAUCUGCAACCUCAUGUUUAUGUCUGGCACUCUGUGCCUACUGUCAUAUAGCCUCUGGACAAAGGCUUUAUUUUAGUAUGAAUCCUCAGUGCAAGUUCUGAAAAUACUGCUUUGCUAAUAUCUUUGUAUUAAAGAUGUUUAUUAAAGACUU